UGCUUAACAACCACCUCACUGUUGGGCACAUUUAUCUGUGUUGUUGUUCUGGGUAUCUUCAUCCAUCAUCACAGCACACCUAUAGUUCGUGCCAACAAUUCAGAACUCAGUUUUCUGCUCUUGUUGUCACUUAAAUUGUGUUUCUUGUGUUCAUUGCUCUUCAUCGGACGACCCAGAUUAUGGACUUGCCAACUAAGACAUGCAGCAUUUGGCAUCAGCUUUGUGCUUUGUGUCUCAUGUAUCCUGGUGAAAACCAUGGUGGUUCUGGCUGUGUUCAGGGCCUCCAAACCAGGAGGUGAGUCCAGUCUCAAGUGGUUUGGUGCUGUACAGCAGAGAGGUACAGUUCUGGUUCUGACUUCUGUUCAAGCAGCAAUCUGCACUGUCUGGCUUGUCUCUGCUUCACCAGUGCCUCAUAAAAACACCCAGUAUCACAGUGACAAGAUAGUUUAUGAGUGUGCAGUUGGGUCCACAGUUGGUUUUGCAGUUUUACUUGGUUAUAUUGGUUUACUGGCUGUCCUUAGUUGUUUGUUUGCUUUUCUAGCACGGAAUCUUCCAGACAGUUUUAAUGAGGCCAAACUCAUCACUUUCAGCAUGCUGAUCUUCUGUGCAGUGUGGGUGGCCUUUGUCCCUGCUUACAUCAGCUCACCAGGCAAAUAUGCAGAUGCAGUGGAGGUAUUUGCCAUCCUGGCCUCCAGUUUUGGCCUUUUGGUGGCGCUGUUUGGACCCAAAUGUUAUAUAAUCCUGUUGAGACCAGAGAGAAACACAAAGAAAGCAGUGAUGGGUCGAGGCACCAUAAAGUAAAAUUGUGAACACUGCUGUCUCUCCUCUAUGUUUCAGAAUUGAGUUGUAAUUAUAAGAUGACUACACAGGCAAUACAAUUGUUGAUAAAACAACCUUAAAUGAAACCAUUUUAUUUUUAUUAUUUUUUCAAUGUUUGGAGUUAAUGUCAUUGUCAUUUUACAUAACUACUUCUAGAAAAGUAACCUUUUUUCUACUAUUUCAAAUUUAUUUAGCCAUGCCACAUAAUUGAAAGGCAUACAUAUAGACAUGCUAAAUGUGUCUCCACAUUGUAUGAUUGGUGUGUAUCCUUACCUAAGGCUAAGAGAGAAUAAGCUAUUGCAAUGAAGAAAUGCUCCUCUGCUCACCCUUCCCUUACAAUGAUCAGAAUGGCGUUGCCUUCUUCAGAUGAUGUUCUUGUUUAAAGACACAUUUGUAAAUUGUAAUUGUAUAUAGGUCAUAGACAUGUAUGAUAGUGAAACUUAUUGUUAUUUUUCGAUAUUGUGUUAGUGUUCUUUCGCUAAUGGUGGGCUACCAAUAACUUGCCAGUCUGUCCUAUUUGAAUGAGUAAAGUAUGUGAAAUUACCUGUUCAGCAGAUAACAGCAUCAGUUCGUAAACCUUUGAUGUUUACUCUGUCACAAAUACAGUGUCAUCUUUCAUUCUCUCUGCGGAUUUAGAUGCAGCUGCAUAACAAAACUUACCAGCACACAGGCCCUACAGUGAAACUAACUUCUACAUUUGCUCCAAGGCUAAAAACACUCCACAGUAUCUUAGCAGUAAAGCUGUUGUGCUUGACUGGGAAAACUUUUGAUCAGCCUUAGAUUGUUGAAAUCUUAGCUUCGAUAAAAGCAACAAGUGUCUAUGAGUGUAACAUA